UAGUAAACGAACACACCUAUGGUUUUUUGCAGUUUAAUACGUUUUAAACGUUUUAUCCAUGGAUAAUUGUAAACAACUCCAAAACUCACAAUAUGCCCGUGCCCGUCCCUAGCAGUAAGUUACCGAAAUAUUGUUAACUGGGAGAUAUCAACAUUUUUUAAAUCAUUGUGCUUUUUACAAUAUCAAAUUCCAUAAGUUUUCAGUACCAACUUAAUAGCAUGUUAGUAUCUGUGAUUUUCGUGUCGUUUUUAAUAAUAGGCAGUGGAUCGCAUUCUCAGGAAUUAUCUCUUGACACAAAUGGAUACAUUGUUUACUGUCCCUGCAUGGGUCGAUUUGGGAAUCAAGCAGAUCACUUUUUGGGUGCCUUGGGCUUCGCUAUAGCCCUAAAUCGAACAUUAAUUGUUCCGCCAUGGGUCGAAUACCGCACUGGAGAAGUGAGAUCUAUCCAAGUCCCUUUUGACACUUAUUUCAACUUGACGUCAUUAGCUGAAUGUCAUAAAGUUAUUACAAUGGAAAAUUUUAUGAAAAGAUUGGCCCCUGUUAUUUGGCCAGAAGAAAAUAGAAUAUCAUUGUGCUAUUCCCCUCGGGGAAGUACUGAGUCCUGCAACGCCAAAGAAGGAAAUCCUUUUGGUCCAUUCUGGAACACUUUCAAUGUUAAUUUUACGAACUCUGAAUUCUAUGGACCAUUCCACUAUGAUGUUCAUCACACAAAUAUUGCAAACGAGUGGAAGAAAAAAUACCCUUCUGUAGAUUGGCCUAUACUGGCUUUUACUGGAGCUCCUGCCAGCUUUCCGGUUCAGCAUGAAAACAAAUAUCUUCAAAAGUGUGUUGUCUGGAAUGAUGAAAUUCAGAAUAAAGCCAAAAAUUUCAUCAAAAUGACUAUGCCUAGAGGAGCAUUCGUAGGAAUCCAUUUGCGCAAUGGAGUAGACUGGGUAAGAGCCUGUGAAUUUAUUUCAAGUACUCCGAACUUAUUUGCUGCUCCACAAUGCCUUGGAUAUAGAAAUGAACGCGGAAAGGCUACACCUGGAAUGUGUUUACCGAAUGUUGAUUUGAUUCUCCGUCACCUGAAACGUGUUAUAAGAAAUGCUAAAGAUGUCAAAUCAGUAUUCAUCGCUUCCGACAAUGAUUACAUGAUUCAUGAUUUAUCAAAUGCACUUGCCAGAAUGGAAGUGACCGUCCACAAACAAUCUGAACCAGUUUCACCACAUUUAGAUUUGGCAAUUUUAGGAACUGCAAAUUACUUCAUAGGCAAUUGUAUUUCAUCAUACAGCUCAUUUGUUGCUCGUGAAAGAAACGUUAAAGGAUUACCUGUGUUUUAUUGGGGAUUCCCCCCGGAUCGUUUAUCUUCUACGAACAUAAAAGAAGAAUUGUAAACCAUUAUUAAAAUUAAAAAAUCUCAAUAUGUCUACAUUUUAAAUUUUUAUCAAAUGUUAAAUUAUAAAAAAAAUUCUUUCAGUGCCUUUAGUUCUUUUAACCCAGUUAAAAGAAUUUCAUAGAAACCACGAAAAAAAGUCAAAUGGACUACAUCAAAUGCUCAUAGAUAUUAUUAUUCUAUGAGCAUUUGAUGUGUAUUUGACGCUUUUUCGUAAGAUUUUUUUAACUGGGAAUAAAAAUUUCAGUUAUUUGAUCUUAAUCCUGGUGGCUUGAAGACUAUAUAGCGCUGAAUUGCAGUGGUGUUUCCAUUGACAAAUGUAAAAAGUCUCUUUCUAUUUAGUCUGCUAUGUGACUGACUGAAAACUAUUCGGAAUUACGAUUUUCAGAAUUUGAAUUUGAAGGCAAGAUUACUUAUAUACACUCAACGUCUUUAGACGGCAGAAUGAUACAAGUGUCAUAUAUGCAUCAUUCAGGUCGGAUAGGUUACCACUUUCAAGCCUAGGCCAUCUCUUGUUUAUUUUUGUAUUGAUAAAAAAAAAAAGUAAAAUAAAAAGAAGUAAACAAAAAAUUUUAACAAUCAUAAAAAAAAAUGUUCUUUCUUCGUUUAUAUAUUUCUUCUAUGUUUUGAAAAGUCAAUCCAACUUAUAAAUUUAUAAAUAAAUUAACAAAUAUCAUUUGAAUUUAAAUUUGUGUUACAACUUGUUUUUUGAAUAAAACUAGGGUGCGUUCCGUAGAGGACCACGGUCCGUUUUGGCCAUAAUCAGAGUGGAUCUAUAAAAAUUAAAAAUCUCCCUAGGAAUCCCUAAAAAAUAACCAGUCUCAUGUAUACUCUUUUUUUCACCUUUUUAUGUAUGUAUUGUUAUUGUUGUGGAUUGUGGUGUUUACUGAAUUUUGUACUGAAUAAAAUUAUUAAAACAAUAAAUUUGUUAAUAACAGUUAACAAAAUCGAAAGAAAAAUUUCACUUCAAACACAUUAUCUAUUGACUGAUGUAGAUGGUAAUGUUCUUGUUGAAAAUGAACAGCAACAUCAGCCAGUUCAAGAUCCUGGAAGAUAACAAAAUUAUAAGUGCUGUCCUAACCAUACAUUUGAGUUAUGAUAUGUUUUGAAACAUUAACUU